CAGUACACGUGUCUCUCUAACGAGCAACGACGCCUUCGACUUUUGUCUUCUCACCACGUUCUUUUCUUCUUCCUCAAACAGAUUUCUCGCGCUUUUCAGAUUCUCCUCUCUGUGUUGUUUCUAUUGAUUUGCUGGUAGAGGUGAGGCAAGCCCUAAUUCGUGUCAAUCUUUGUUCUUAGAUUGAUUUGGCGCGCGGUUAUAUGCUACUUCUAGUUUAUGAGAGGGGUGUGAUGAGUCGAAUUAUCCUUCAGUGAUCGAGAUUGGUUGAUCGGAGAAGUCUAAAGGCUCGUAGGUUUCUUGUUUUUCUUUUCUGUGUUAUCUGAUAGUAACGAUGAAGGCGAUGGAGACGAUACAAGAUCUGAUUGAGGAAGCGAAAGUUAGAACGCUGUGGUGGGCUCUGUGUAUAUUCUCCGUUACUUACUUCUUAUCUCAUACAAGCUCAUCAAUGUUGAUGAACUUGCCCAUAUCUAUUCUAUUCGUUUUGGCGUUACGCAUUCUAGGUAAUGAGGUGCAGUUCAGCUGGAAAGCCCGAACAGCUCACCGCCAAACCUAUUUGUCUCAUUUGGAGAAGAAACAGUUAUCCAUGAAUGAUUCAAGGCCUUCUACUGCACCACUCCCGCCAAAGUGGAAGAGAAAAAUCGAUUCUCCUAUAGUGGAAGCUGCUAUCACUGAUUUUAUCAAUAAAAUAUUAAAAGAUUUUGUGAUAGAUUUGUGGUAUUCUGAUAUCACAUCAGACAGGGAGGCCCCCCAGCUGAUGCAUGCAGUUAUUAUGGAUGCUAUUGGUGAAAUAUCAGGAAGGGUUAAAGAGACCAACCUUGUCGAUUUGCUAACAAAGGAUGUUGUUGAUUUAGUAGGUGACCACUUGGACCUUUUUAGAAGAAACCAAGCAGCAGUAGGUAUUGAGGUAAUGGGAACGUUAUCUUCUGAGGAGAGGGAUGAACGAUUGAAAUAUUAUCUUUCUGCUUCUAAGGAGCUACAUCCUGCACUGAUAUCUCCUGAGAGUGAGUACAAGGUUCUUCAGCGGCUUAUAAGUGGACUAUUAGCUGUAGUAUUAAGACCUCGGGAAGCCAAUGUUCCUUUGGUUCGUUGUAUUGCUAGAGAGCUCGUAACUUGCUUGGUGAUGCAACCUCUUAUGAAUUUAGCAAGCCCUGGGUAUAUCAAUGAAUUGAUCGAGUGUAUAUUGCUCGCCUUUAAUGAUGAUAGCACUAAAGAGGUGGGUGGUAAUCAGUCGGCAGGGGGCAGACAUAAUGGUGAUUCAACUGCCACAAAAUUUUCAUCCUUGCAUUAUCCAGGACAUGAUAUGACUUUGGCCAAGGUUGACGACUACAAAGAUACAUUGGUUAAUCAAAUUAGCUACCAGGAAGAGUUAAUGCAGCCAAGACCUGCUGAUUGGGCACGAAUGCUGGAGGUUGCCACUCAAAGAAGAACUGAAGUCCUCAUGCUCGAAAAUCUCGAAAACAUGUGGACGAAAGGAAGAAAUUACAAAAAGAAGGAGCAAAAAAAUAUUAAAAAUAUAAUCCAAGAACCUGUUGCAAAAGGUUUUGGAAGCAGUGCUGUGCCUUCGAGGAAUUUGGGGAAGGAAGGGUUGACCAAGAGUGGAAUCCCCACAGUAAAAGAACAGAAACCUGCGGUGCAAAUAGCCCCUGAUCUGCUAGGUGAAUAUGAACGUGGGGUACAUUUGUCACAGAAUCUUCAAAAGCAAUUGUCUGUUGAGGAAGGACUUCAUUUUGGUGAAUUUAAGAACACAAGUGAACUUGCCAUAAAUGAAAAUAGAAACAAGCUUAAGAGAUCGAAUAGUACUUCUGCUCUAAAAGUUCAACCUGAUAUGAAAAAGGUGUUUACAGUAGAUGAUGGAGGGCCAAUUAUAUCAGAGUUCUACUCUCCCGAUUUUGGCAGCCGCAGUGAGGACUAUAGUGUUAAAAGAACGUCAGAUAUGUUAAUUCACUCUGUGGGACCACCUUUUCCGAAGCUAAGAUGUAGGGUUUUGGGAGCAUAUUUUGAGAAACUUGGAUCGAAGUCCUUUGCAGUCUAUUCAAUUGCGGUGACAGGUGCUGAAAACAGAACUUGGUUUGUGAAGAGAAGAUACAGGAAUUUUGAACAAUUGCACAGACAUCUGAAAGGCAUUCCCAAUUACACAUUGCAUCUGCCCCCCAAAAGAAUAUUCUCCUCAAGCACAGAGGACGCUUUUGUUCAUCAGCGCUGCAUUCAGUUUGAUAAAUAUCUACAAGAUCUUUUGUCCAUAGCUAAUGUUGCCGAGCAGCAUGAAGUGUGGGAUUUCUUAAGUAUUUCCUCAAAGAAUUACUCCUUUGGAAAGUCUUCUUCGGUGAUGAGAACACUGGCAGUUAAUGUUGAUGAUGCUGUGGAUGAUAUUGUACGCCAGUUUAAAGGGGUUUCUGAUGGUUUAAUGCAUAAAGUUGUUGGUACGUCACCCCUUUCAGUGGAAGCCUCUUCUUCAAUCUCGAGUAGGCAUGUUUCUUUGAAUUCAGAUGAGAUGAAUAAAUACAUUUUAAGGCAGAAUAUGUCGGGAACGGCGAAUAGUUCUUCUGAUAAUGAAGCAAAUGACAAAGAAGUGAGGUCUAGUCCGCAGGGCAAUGGGUGGCAUUCUGACAAUGAAUUGAAGUCAAAGAGUUUUCCACCUCGGGUGGUUACGUGCGGUGAAGAAUCUAAAAAUUCAGUUUUGGAGAAUAUACAUGACGUGAGAGUGAAAUCUGAAUGCGGUCCCUUGACAAACUUGCAUGUAACCUCCUGUGAUAUGGAUGAUCCAGUUGGAAUGCCACCAGAGUGGACCCCGCCAAAUGUAAGUGUGCCUUUGUUGAAUCUUGUUGAUAAGGUCUUUCAGCUGAAGAGAAGAGGUUGGCUAAGAAGACAAGUGUUUUGGAUAUCUAAGCAAAUACUUCAGUUAGUCAUGGAAGAUGCAAUUGAUGAUUGGCUCUUGAGGCAGAUAUAUUUGCUUCGUAGAGAAGAAACUAUUGCUCAAGGGAUUCGGUGGGUUCAAGAUGUAAGAACUAACCCAGUUAUCGGAACCAUUGAUUUAUUUGCAUCCAUGCCUUCACGACCUUGCCUUUGCCACCGACCCCUUUAUUUUUCUUUGUGUCCCUUUGCUCAACUUUCAUGCUAUUGGUGUGCGCCGCUUCAAUAUUUCAGAUGCAAUAUACAUUUGGCAUGGGCAGAUAAAUUUCAUUGAAGCUAAGUAAAAUUUAUAACUUCUCGUGUUUUUUAUUAUGAUAUUUUUAGCUCCUUCUGAGGAUCUUGUCGUCAUUAAUAACAACUGUACUAUCCUCUUAAAAUUUUAAGCAGUAAGGACUGCAAAUGCAAACCCCUAGCUUCAAUUGUACAGACAACCUUACGAACUUCAUGAAGCAAUAGUUAUAUAUCUAAGCAGAAGAAUUUUGGUGCAGCAAUGCCAUCUUGUGCAUUUGAUAUUUUCGGCUUUAGAUCACUAUCUUUUAUUGGUUUAGAAUUUCACUCUUUAUGGAAUUAGAUAACUUAUGAAAGUUUCAAGAUGCAGUUAGACAGUUGUCUCCUUGAGCCUAGGUGCAGAGCAUGCUGCAAACACAUGCUUGAAUUGGUUCGUCUGUUAUUUGAAUUGUUUGCAUUCAUAUAUAUGACAAAUUAUGACAUAGAAAGAGCUUCAAGAAGUAAAAAGAUUUAUCAGUUUUGGCUACUAUCUAAGAUGAGCCAAACAUCUUUUGACACUCAAAUAUUUGGUGCAAUUCUUUGUAAUUUUUAACAUGUAGUCUUUGUAGCUUCUGCAACCCCAGUUGCCAGAUUGACAAUCUGCCUGUUAGGCAUUGAAUUUAUGUAAGCAAUGAACUAUUAGGUCACUAAUACUUUUUUACACAUUUUUUAAUGUUUUAUUUUGUCUAACCGUGAGCAUUAGUGUCAUUGCUUACAUGACUGCAAGGUGAUUGGAUAUCCUUCUCUUUGAUAAAUCUGAACUAUCGAGUUUACAUCCUUAAAUUUAAUGCUCAUCAUGUUUGUCGUGUGUGUGUGUCCAUGCGAGUGCGUGUAAGCAAACUUGAAAGGUCGAGCAAUGUGCACAUUCUACUCUAAUUCUAGAUUUUCUUUAGGCUCUCUGGCCUGAUGGAACAUUCUUUACAAGAGUUGGGAUUGAUCAGAACAAGGAAGAUGAUCCUCAACUUCAUCAUAAACCGUUUCAGAUUUUAAGCCAAUUUGGCAGCGACAAGGUCUCUGAACCAUGUUUUUUUGAGC